UGAGAUCAGGUUGACUCUGGAGGCUGCUGGGUAAAAUAAAAACAUCUGGGUUCAAAUGCAAAAGAGGCAAAAGAGCUUUAUUCUGUUUUCUCUUGUCGGCUGGAUUAAUUGAGAAAAUUAGAAAUUAGAUGAGAGACAAAAGGAAGGGAAGAUGGAGAGUGAUUGAAAAAGAGAGAGAGUGAGGGAGGAGUAGGAUUCGAUGAAGAGGAGAUAUGCACAAACACAGACGAGGAGAGAGGGAGGAAAGAAACUGUUCAAACGUCUGUUCGCUCCUUGCUUCCACUCUCAGCACCGCUCGGUUAGUGCGGGAGGCUGCAGCUGCAUCCCUCCUGGACCUCCUCUGGCGUCAGACAGGACCAACGCACUUCCCAGCAUGACCAUCUACCCCUGAACUGGGAUAACUUCCUUCUUUUUUAAUGGAUGACAACAGACCACUGCGUGUGAAUGGAUUUGUCGCACUGAUCUGAGUCCAGCAGGAUUGGGGAGGACAGAACAGACAGACUCCGGGUGCUUUCCAGAGGUUUUGUGUUUGUUUCGUCUGUUAGUGGAAGCGACACUUCAGCUCGCCUCGGAUAUGGGACCCUGCGUCCGCCGAGAGGGAUCCGGAGCCGGAGGGAGAGCGUCUUCCUGAAGAAGGAGCAGCCUGCCUUGGGGAGUUAUUUCCCCCUUUUCUUUAAUUUUUAAUUAUAUAAAAUCCGCCGGGGAGGGGGGAGCUGUGAGGAACAAGCGCCGGAUCAUGAUGCGUCCCAACCGCGGCUUCAUCCUGUUCCUCCUCAACGGAACCGCAUGUUUGGUGGUGAUGGGUCAAGAAGAGGACUCCUCCAGCCCCAAGAGCUCUUCAGAUGCCUCCUCCAAGACGGUGGGCCUUCUGAGCGGGCAGGCUUCCCUCUCACCCCUGAGCCGAUGGAUGCAGCACAGUAAAAGCAGAGCAGCUAACGCCACCUCUCUGGAGUUGCCCUAUCGCUCCCCAGUCCCUUUUGCCAAGCAGGAGUUUUCCAAACAGGAGUUCUGGGAGAUGUUAGGCAGUGACCUGCUCAAACCUGACACAUCUAGCUCCAGGGUCAAACGCCGGCCGAUCGUUAAGACCGGCAAGUUCAAGAAGAUGUUUGGCUGGGGAGACUUCUAUUCCAAUAUCAAAACUGUGAGGCUAAACCUGCUGAUCACAGGCAAGAUUGUGGAUCAUGGGAACGGCACGUUCAGCGUCUACUUCCGACACAACUCAACGGGCCAGGGCAACAUCUCAGUCAGCCUGGUGCCGCCUGUCAAAGCGGUGGAGUUUGACCUGGAGCGCCAGAGCGUGGUAUACCCUAAAGACUCCAAGAUCUUCAACUGCCGCGUGGACUACGAGAAGGUGGAUCGAAGCAAGCGCACCGCGUUGUGUGCCUAUGAUCCAUCCCAGACCUGCUUUGUGGAGCAGAUCCAGAGCCACGUCUCCUGGAUUUGCUCCAAGCCAUUUAAAGUGAUCUGUAUCUACAUUUCCUUCUACAGUACAGACUACCGCCUGGUGCAGAAAGUUUGCCCGGACUACAAUUAUCACAAUGAGAUGCCCUACCUGCCCUCAGGCUAAAGGUGACGCAAGGGGGGAGGAGAGAGGAACGGGGGGGUGAAAUGUGGGAGUGACUGAACAUCUGGUGCAGAAACCAAGGCUGUAAAUGUCGCAGUGGCAGCAAAACACCCUAAAACAUUUAUGUAGCCUGAUUAUUGUAAGACGUGAUAACAUAUAUGCAAAACAAACCGAGUAUGCAGACGACGAGGCAUUUCAAAUACUCAGCUACAACAUUCUGGACUGGUGGUGAGGAACCACAACGCACACAUCGUUACCUCAGCCCCGUUUCCACAUGCUCACUUCUCUCAUCCAUUAAGUCAUUUGUGAACUUUAUCUCAACAUUCUUUUAAUCAUCCUUCACAAUUUUGCUCUUUUGCAAAAGCGGGAAGCAGCAAGUGAGUUGAGAGUAGGCUUUUAAAAGGUGUGAUUAUUCACAAGAGAGCGGCGGACCGAUUCAGUCUUUCUCUUAAUUACAUGUCAUGUUUAACAUUGUGCUCAUUGAAGAUGGUUUAAACAGACCGUAGGGAAGCUAAGUAAGCAUCGACGUCAAGGAUAAUCAAUUAAAGGGACUAUAAGAAAGUUUGACAGCCAAAACAUGUAUAGAAAUAAUAAAUGUCUUCUUCAGACAUUCUCCUGCAAUGCCCUGGUCCUGUAGAAUGAGCCCUGGCAUUUUUACUGUGAUUGCCUGUUUUUCUGUAAAAUCACAGAAAAAGAGAGAUGCUCGGGUCGAGCAGGCUGCUUCAUGCGCGUUCACGCUCAGGCAUCGCCCGUAGCAUUUGCUAUCCGUAGAUUUAGUCUUUGUCGCUGUUCCUAACGCCUAGUGACAAAGCUAGCUACAUUUCUGAGGACCCUUAGCUACUUUCUGUAGAACCUUCUUCUAGAUAUUUCCUGCAAAUUAGCAACAAAAUAGCCAUUUUCUCUCCGAACCGUUCUUUGAAUUGACGUUGUUUCAGCUGUCAUCAAGGAUAUAAAUGUUACAGAUAUGUCAAAUUUUACUGGUGCGUAGCUCACCUUGUAAGAUGUUUGACUCUCAUGCAGAAGACCUGGGUUCAAUUCUGGGUGUGAACAUAGUUUAUUUGGAGUUUCUUUUUUACAUUAAUGGUAUUUUUUUUACAAUAAUAAGACGCCCAAAUUUUUAUUUGAGACUCACUGAAGGGCAUUGAAUUCACAGAUAAAAAAGAUGUGGGUUCAACUUUGAUUUUGGAACAAUUUUUCAAGCAAGGGAAGGGAAUGAUCUGAGCAUGCAGGAGGACUGACCCAUCAUAAACCUUUGUCGGCUGUGCUGAAGAGAAAGGUACAGAACCAAAUUAUUUAAUUAAUUAGCCGCACGUUCUCCUGUCCUCUGUCCUCCGGGCCACACACACACACACAAACACACACAAACACACACACACACACACACACACACGGGACUGUCUCAACUGUUAUUUUCGUUAAGGAGUGUGCACGUACAGCAUGCGCGCCUCGUGCACGAGCCUCCUAUUGUAGCUGCCAUUACGCUUUUGGCCUGCGGGGGCAAUCGCGAAUAUAAAAAAUUCAAAACUCUGACAAGUCCCUUUAAAGGAGACUUUUUUGACAAAAGUUCCUCCUCGCUCCAAUAUUCUGACUUCCUGUCGUCAAAACAAAAUCCUUAACAUUUCCCCUCAUUUUUGUAACCUCCAAAUUACAAGUGAACAGACAUUGCUUCAGUGUUUCAGGGCUGGGGCCUGAGACAAGUUCAGUGUGAAGGCAAGAACUGCGAUCGAUGCAGAGACAGAAUUGGCCCUCUACACUUAUGAGAAAAAGUACAAGGUGAGAGAUGGAGAGAUGCAGCGAGCGCUUUAAUUAAAGUGGAGAAGGAGAAGUGGAGUAUGCGGCGCCUUCUAUUGUCCCGUCUGCAUGAAAAAGAUUACAUUUUGUUGCCGUCAGGAUUCCGAUUUCACGCAUUGAUAACUUUGACUGUGAGAGGGAGAUUGCUCUCUCCCGACAAAUACUGUGUUCACUAAAGUAAACCCGUUAUCUUGAAUAAAUGAAAAUAUUAUCAUGAUAAUUACAUACAAUUUAAUCUCCUUUACUUGUAAUUAAGGUUUCAACGAGAGGGCAAAAAGUAUUCCCCAAAAUCAAGUCAGCAGGAAAGCAGGACUUUGAAGGGGGUUGUUGUGAUAGUGUUUCAUGCAGCCAGCAGCCACCGUUUAGCCCUGAGUUAACCGCUCUCAUUAAGAUAAAUGGCCACUGGCUGGCCUAUCUCAUGCUGCUCACAAAAACAAUACCAGUGGAGAGAAAAACAUGAUGAAAGAAUAAAAAAAAAACAGAUUUAGGUCACCUAGCUUUGUUAUGAGUUCUGGUUAAUUAGCAUCCAGAAAACAGGUGUGAAACGCCAUUCAGCUGUGAAAUCCAGCCUGAUGCCAGCAUGCUGUGACAUCAGUGAUAACGUCUGUGCUUGGCUGUGCCUGCACACCGGUGUCCCUGGUGGACUGGAGCAGCCGUCUCCUGUAAGGGGUAGCAUGAGGCCAGACAUAAAUGUGCCCCUCUGGCUGCACCGUGUGAGCUCAGACGGCAGCAGCAUGAGGAACAGCAGUCACUGGGCUCAAGAUAGAAACUUGUAGAUCUGCACAUCGAAGCUCCUUGUUUCAGGGGUGUCGGUAUGAAACUGGGAACAUGUAGCAAAUUCACUCACAGCCAUUAUGAAUGCUGUCUUUCUGUUUUGAGUUGUUUUAUCACAGAUGUGUUAAUCGGUCUGCUUCUUCUGUAAAUGCAUACAAGUCAGUUAGGCAAACUGAGUUCUUGUUUUUGUUGCCUGUAUGAAGGCUCCUUUCUAGCAGCUCCUGCAUACAAUACGUUUCCUGUGUUUUAAAUGCAUCAAACCAUCGUGAAUGAGCCACUGCCUUCCUCGCUGCUCAUCUAAUCCUCACCCUCCAGCACCUUUCGGCAUCAAAAGUCAGCGUGUUUCCCCUCUGCAUUCACACUUUUGUUCAUUUCAGUUUAAUCUCGCUGACUGGUCACAGCGUCUGCACCCUUCUUCACCUCCCUUCGCCCCUGGGAUGGACCCCGGUGAGGUUCGCUCCUCGCUGCUCCCUCCCUAGCACCCCUGCACAUAGCUCCAGGUUCAGCUGGCUAAUCUUUUCAAGCUUAACAUAAGCUGCGCAAAUUCCCAUCGCUCCACCUGUAUCCAUUUCUCUUCAGGUCUAUACCUUCAAAAAUGUGUGUGUGCACAGAUUAGGAUGCUUUAGUUGAGGUCUUUCCUCUCCCCUGUUCAAAGCAUCUUACAUAAACUCCUGGAUUGUGGAAAAUGUGAGAUGUCCUCGAGAGCAUGCCAGCAGAGUGCUGAACACAGAUACGCCCCAGUAACCUGGAUACUCCCACCCACCCGCCAUCCCACAGGGCAUCUGGAGAGAAGUUGGAAGCUUAGACAUGAUGGAAUCAAAGCUGGGAAACAACCCUCUAACAGUGUAGAAAAAAACCAAGGACACAUGUUGGACCGCUCUCAGAACAGAAGCGUCAUCCUCUGCUCAUCACUGAUCCUCUCAAGUAUACAGCAAUACUCUCACGGAGGCUCCGCCCUCUUUGCCUCGCCGGCAUGCAGCAAGAGCGCUGCUGGACUACGUUUAACAGACAGUAAUGUUGCUGUGGGACAGA